AUGUCUGAGGCUACCAACACCACAACCCCAGGCCCCCUCCACCCGCAGCUACCCACACCACAACCCCAGGCCCCCUCCACCUGCAGCUACCAACACCACAACCCCAGGCCCCUCCACCCGCAGCUACCCACACCACAACCCCAGGCCCCCUCCACCCAUAGCUACCCACACCACAACCCCAGGCCCCCUCCACCCAUAGCUACCAACACCACAACCCCAGGCCCCUCCACUUGCAGCUACCAACACCACAACCCCAGGCCCCUCCACUUGCAGCUACCAACACCACAACCCCAGGCCCCUCCACUUGCAGCUACCAACACCACAACCCCCAGGCCCCCUCCACCCGCAGCUACCCACACCACAACCCCAGGCCCCCUCCACCUGCAGCUACCCACACCACAACCCCAGGCCCCCUCCACCCAUAGCUACCCACACCACAACCCCAGGCCCCCUCCACCCAUAGCUACCCACACCACAACCCCAGCUACCCACACCACAACCCCAGGCCCCCUCCACCCGCAGCUACCCACACCACAACCCCAGGCCCCCUCCACCCGCAGCUACCCACACCACAACCCCCAGGCCCCCUCCACCCAUAGCUACCAACACCACAACCCCAGGCCCCUCCACAUGCAGCUACAAACACCACAACCCCAGGCCCCCUCCACCCACAGCUACCCACACCACAACCCCAGGCCCCCUCCACCCAUAGCUACCAACACCACAACCCCAGGCCCCUCCACAUGCAGCUACAAACACCACAACCCCAGGCCCCCUCCACCCGCAGCGACCCACACCACAACCCCAGGCCCCCUCCACCCGCAGCGACCCACACCACAACCCCAGACCCCCUCCACCCACAACUACCCACACCACAACCCCCAGGCCCCCUCCACCCAUAGCUACCCACACCACAACCCCAGGCCCCUCCACAUGCAGCUACCAACACCACAACCCCAGGCCCCCUCCACCCGCAGCUACCCACACCACAACCCCAGGCCCCCUCCACCCACAGCUACCCACAACACAGCCCCAGACCCCUCCACCCGCAGCUACCCACACCACAACCCCAGCUACCAACACCACAACCCCAGGCCCCCUCCACCCGCAGCGACCCACACCACAACCCCAGGCCCCUCCACCCGCAGCUACCAACACCACAACCCCAGGCCCCUCCACCUGCAGCUACCCACACCACAACCCCAGGCCCCUCCACCCGCAGCUACCCACACCACAACCCCAGGCCCCCUCCACCCACAGCUACCCACACCACAACCCCAGGCCCCCUCCACCCAUAGCUACCAACACCACAACCCCAGGCCCCUCCACCUGCAGCUACCAACACCACAACCCCAGGCCCCCUCCACCCGCAGCUACCCACACUACAACCCCAGGCCCCCUCCACCCGCAGCGACCCACACCACAGUGCGCAGCGUGCAGUGUGUCUCCCAUGAUGCAUCGGGGCCCCGCGUGGUGGAGGACGGCGUCUGUGCAGCCUACAGUCCAGCCCCGCCCACCCUGCAGACCUGUAGCAUGCAGCGGUGUGCCUCCUGGAGGGCCUCUGCCUGGAGCAUGUGUUCAGUCACAUGUGGGACAGGGGAUCAGUCCAGAGAGGUGAUGUGUGUAGGAGAAGCAUCAGUCCAGCUAGCAGACACCUCCUGCGUUGCCUCACUCCGCCCUGUAGCCGCCCAGCCCUGCUCCAUGCCCGCAUGCCUACUGGCUGUCAGCUGGCACGUUGGAGACUGGGGACUGUGCUCUAAGAGCUGUGAGUCAGGUCUGCGUGAGCGCCAGGUGAUGUGUUCUGACAGAGAGAGGAACCUGUACCCAGUGGAACGUUGUAACUCUGUCCCCAAACCCCUCACAUUGGAGACCUGCAACACACAGCCCUGCUACCACCCACAAGCGACCCCCAGUAUGCAGGAUCCCAGAGGACAUGACAACACACAGUAUGGUUUCACUCCCUACAUGCCAGACCACGCCACAGUCCACAGACCAGACAGUGUUGACCCCCAGACCAGCACAGUGUACCACCCUCACGGCUUCGGCCCGGCCCAACACUGUAGCCAGUCCUACUACGGCUGCUGCCCAGAUGGCGCAACGGCAGCUGGGGGGGCAGGGGGUCUAGGCUGCCCACAGGUGUCCCGCUGGGCUCCACGCCCCGAGCAGGCUUUCUGCACAACCACCAGGUAUGGAUGUUGCAGGGAUGGUGUGACUGUAUCACAGAUGCCCAACAGGGAAGACUGUCUGGAAUAUGUUCCUCAAGCUCCCCCUCCAGCUGAGAACAGUGUCCAGUGUCGCCUGACCACCUACGGCUGCUGUUUCGACCGUAUGUUCGUAGCCGCAGGUCCCAAUGGAGAGGGCUGCCCCAACCCACCAUACAACGUUCCCAGAACCACCUGUUCUCUUCCCAAGGCGGCUGGCUCCUGCAGUGGCUGGACGGGCCGAUACUUCUACGACGUCACCGCGUCCAGGUGCUCCCACUUCUGGUACGGCGGCUGCCACGGCAACAACAACAACUUCCUGACGAUUGCCGAGUGCCAAAGGACGUGCCCCGGUGCCCAGGUCAACCAGAUGAGCCAACCCAGUAGCCAAUCAAUCCAGACGAUUCAGCUGAGUCAACCCAGUCAGCCGGGAACAGGUCAGGACAUGAGCAAGGUCUUGACGGUGCAGCGCGGCAGCUCAAUGGGCUCAACUGGCGGGCGCCAGGGGACCAGCGCUGCCGACCACGCCCACCGGGCCAGAGUCCAUGUCCGCCGCCCCGCCCCCUACGGCGUCCUGCACACCCACCCUGCAGCGAGGUAAGAACCCGAGGACCGUCCAGGGGCGUGCCCACCCCUGCUGCCUCCGCCCGCUGCCCCGCCCGCGCGCUGCCCCGCCCACAGCCAGCCGCCUGGCUAGGUGACGCUUCAACCCUGAGAAGGAAGCUGAGAUGAGCCAGUGAGAAACAAAGAAGCUUAACAACAUCCCACGGACCAAAGACAGACUUACACGCACACACACACACACACACACACACACACACACACACACACACACACACACACACACACACACACACACACACACACACACACACACACACACACACACACACACACACACACACACACACACACACACACACACACGCACACACAAACACAUGUUAACAGGAUGUAUACAGUGAGCUCUAAAAGUAUUGGCACAUUUGUUGUUGUUUUGGCUCUGUACUCCAGCACUUUGGAUUUGA